UGUAGUUAUACAUACUACUGUACUACACUUUCCUCUUUUAUUAAUUUAUUACUCCCACAACAACCAUCUAAUGCUUCGACUCUCCGGCUGAUUUCGCCGACGGCCACUCAACACUGUCUUCUUCCGAUUCCGAUCCGGAUAUCCAGUCAUGGAAGAGACACGUUCAGUUGCUACUCUAAUCGAGUCAACUACUACUAAGAUACAACAACUUCAGAAAGCAUUUGCAGAGCUUGAAAGUCACCGAGCGGUUACACUUAACAUGAAAUGGCAACAACUGGAAGAACACUUUCAUGGGCUAGAGAAGUCCUUAAAGAGGCGUUUUAAUGAUCUGGAAGGCCAAGAACAAGAGUAUAAAAACAAAACGCUGAGAGCACGAGAAACAUUGGUCAAGCGUGAAGCAGAUAUCAUAGCCAAGGAACAAGCUUCACUGAACAGGCUUCAAGAAAAAAGAGAUGCUGCGGUGUAUGCUAUCUCUUCUAAAACUACAGCAAAGCAUAAAAAGCCAUGCAUAGAGCCUACUUUUGUGACAACUAAGAAUCAAUGUGGUAUUCUGUUGGUAGAAGAGAAACCACCUGAUAUCAUGGCUUCUCAAGAUAACUCAAAAAGUAUGAAAAAGUUCACACAGAAUGUAAAUGUGGAGGGGCAAUCAUAUCCACAGCUUGUGCGCUUGUGUCAAGCAAAUGAUUCUGAAGGACUCCACAAGUUCAUAUCAGAAAACCGUAAGAACCUGGCUGCCAUUAAAGAGGAGAUUCCGAUUGCAUUGAGCGCUUCUGCUGACCCAGCUAAUUUGGUGCUGGACUCACUCCAGGGAUUUUACAGCAUACAAGGGGCCCAGUUGGAUGGGAAGAAGGAUUCAUAUCUUCUAGGUUUACGUCGAACUUGUAUAAUGUUGAUGGAGUGCCUUCGCCUUCUAUUGGCAACUCUUGACAUGGGCUCCUUUUCUUAUGUAAUCUCUGAUGUAAAAGAAAGAGCCAAGGCUAUUGCUGAAGAAUGGCAACCGAAGUUGGUCGACCUUGACUUGGAUGCCAGCAACGGAAACUCGUUGGAGGCUCAUGCAUUCCUUCAGCUUAUUGCUACAUUUGGUAUUAGCUCUGAUUAUGAUCAGGAAGUUUUAUCUAAGAUGAUACCAAUGGUUUCUCGUCGUCAGCAGACUGCUGACUUGUGCCGCUCCCUUGGGUUGUCCGAGAGAAUGCCGGGAGUAAUUGAUGUCUUGGUCAGUAAUGGAAGACAGAUUGAUGCAGUUAACCUAGCUUUUUCUUUUGAGCUUACAGAGAAGUACUCUCCAGUCUCAUUACUUGAAUCCUACUUGACAGAAGCAAAACAAACAACUUCACCAUCGAAAUCUGCAAACGCCUCGCCUACUGUACAGACUGAGGUCAACGAAAGGGAACUUGCUGCACUCAAGGCUGUCAUCAAGUGCAUUGAGGAUCACAGGCUUGAAAAGCAGUAUCCAAUAGACCCUCUCCAGAAGCAGGUUCUCCAACUAGAGAAGGCCAAAGCAGACAAGAAAAGGGCGACAGAAGUUGCAAAACCUCAACCGAAAAGGCCCCGAGCAAAUGGUACAGGGUCUGUGCCACGAACAGCUAAUGUUGCUGCGGAGAGGAAUUUCUAUCCCAGGAUGACUGAUAGGUACCCUCAGUACGUGUAUGAUAGACCAUAUGCUUACACUGGACCAACUGACAACCACAUUCAGUCAGUUCUUGGUCCUGCUUCCUACAACCUUUCACCUGCUCAUGGAAAUUACUUUGCAAACGGCUACCAGUAUCAGGCUCCGUAUCUUCACUAGGUUGUAGACAUUGCAAACCUCUGAUUAAGUUCCUGUUUAACUUUUAGUCUUAACCUUUAUGGAUGUUUCUGUAUAAUUCAGUUUAGCACUAAAAAAAAAGACCAAAAAAAUCAUAAACAUAAAAAACAAUGUUGUUUAUUAGUUUGUUGUGCAAGACGAUGCUAUGAACUUUUGAUACAUGCACUGUUUUUGUAUUUGUUA